CCUGCUAUGAAUAUAAAAGGUGGCAUAUUUUGUCACUCAUUCAUUACUGCAAACUUCUUGUUUGGUUUGAGAAGUUCUUCACUUUUUGACACAGCUUUUACAGUUUUGAUUUGGUACGAAGAAAUAUUUCUCGGUAAGCAGUUUGUCUCAUUUCAAUUUGUAUAAAUUCGAACCAGGCGAAAUGAACGUUCAGGUAUUUAUCUGUAUAUACCUUGUUGUUGUCGGGGAAUGAUGAUGUCUGGGUGGGUAACAAGCAUGGACAUUUAGGACUGUUAAGUUGUUAACAAAUAACCUAUACUUGUAGACAUAAAGAGAUUACGGUGUCUGUGCGUUAAGGUAUUGAGUUUAUAGUCGUAUACAUUUAUUUUUCCUAAAGAUCAGAGACCAUGCAGUAGCACGAAAACCGGAUAGCGACUUUUUCAAGCUUUCUAAAAUUGUCAGUGAUUGGUAUAACCCACAAUUAAACUUUAGCCUAAGCUGUGUCAAAUUCGUGAUUAAUUGCCUUUUCUUUUGUUAUGCACUGCUUUAAUUAGGCACAAAGUGAAAAUAUGCGAUUCUGACUAACAUUUUUUAUCGGACUCGUACUUGCUUAUUUUUUCUUCACUUGGCAUGAAAAACAUGUCAUUCAAUAGCUACAAGCCUGAUCUUUCCGAAUAUGAAAAAAAUUUGUUCAUUCGCCGAGUUAUUCACGUACAAAUAGCGCGCUGAAGUUCGAUUACCUUUUUUUUAUACACCGUGCACGUAUUAAAAAAAAAUUGACAAAAGAUGAUGAUGAUGGCAUCAUCGGCUUUUAAAACCUUGUAAAGCCUAAUUUCCAUAUGGUCGUAAAAAUAGAGUCACGAUCUUUCUCAACGGCCAGUUUAUAAUAGUUUAUACCUGUAAACCACAUAUAAAUCAUAAGUAUUCUCUAGCCCUAAUCACUCUGCGUAUUUUCAGUUCUAAAAUGUUGUAUUUCGGCUGAUGAGAAAGAUCGUGACUCAAUCUUUUACGACCAUAUAUGGAAACCAGGUUUAAAUGUUGAAAUAUACAUGCAUAUACCUUCCAGAACUUAGGCGAUCAUGACAUUAGCGCUGAAACCUCCUGCAUGGUUAUACCUAAAAUUUACGUUCGGGCAGUUGCAAUAUUUAUUAAAAAAUCUGAAAUAAUCAGGGUUGUUAAGCUGAAUCGAAGACAUUCUAGAUCUACAGCGCAGACACAGUUUUGAUUUUCUGUAAAAUCUACCUUUUCUGUCGGUUGCAUGGUCACAUGUUUAAUGACCAUGCAUGACGAGAUUUUUGCUCAAAAGCGGUUAAUAUAUUACCCAUACGAGUUUUUGCCUUUGUUUCCAUAAAGAGUCAUUUGUUUACAUCUUACCUUCGGAAGUGACAAAUAGCAACAAAUGACGAUUAUAAACAUUUCUUUGGUGCAAUUUUAGUAUAAAAAAGUUAAAUGAACAAGUAUAACCACAGGAUGGUAGUAAUAUAUUAUAGAUUGAAAACCGAAACAGCUAUUAAUUAUUACGCCAUUAAAAUGGCCGCCAAGCAGCUUUGGCGCAAAAUGCAUUGUGGUUGACAGUGACUCUUUAAAAAGUGACAAUUCUACUGCCUAAUCCAAUAACAUCAACAACCGAGUUUAAAUUGCCUUGCUUGUUAUGCUCCUACAUGUCCAAAAUAUAUCUCCGAAAACAAAUAUACAGUAUAUUCAAGUGGGUGUGAAGCGAUCGUAUAAGAGCUCUUGAAAUGUUUUUUUUGACGAAUCAAGCCCGUUUUCCACUCGCGUAUUUCGCCACCGAAAAAGUUCAUUUGUUGUUCUUUCGUGCCGUCAACGAAAGGUCAAACAGAAGUUGAAAAUGUUAAGCAACUGUAGCAGGAGAACAAAUUUCUUCAGCGGCGAAUGAAUGUAAAAAAAUGAUUUCUUUGUCAAUUUUUCGCCAGCGGCGGCGAAAUACGUGAGUGGAAAACGGGCUUUACGGCCUUGAAGGACCGGUAACUCAAGGAGAGGUCAUUGGGAGGGUAAUGUUUGAUGGUAUAGGAUGAUUAAGCAAUACAAGGCAACGCCUUUGAAGUUAAUUACCUAUUACCGAGCUGUAACAGUCUACAUGGGAACAGGACAUAAUUACACCAUUAGAUAACAUAGAGCACCGUGACCCACAACGACCGAUUAUUUUGUCUACGCUGAUCGAUUUCCAUAUUAACAACCUCAGUUUAAAACAACUUCUAACCUUAAUACUAACUUCAAUCCCUGCCGGAGUUGUUAAUAAGUCUGAUUCUCAGUCCAAGUCAAGCUGAGUGACAAUAUAUAUGCCGGUGAGUUUGACACUUAAUGCCCAGGCGAAGGCUCAUGAGAAGGCUUUCGUCAGACAAUUACUUGGAUGACUAAGGAGUAAGGGUGCUUCAUCCCACUCGAAAUUAUUCUACCUAAAUAUAAUCUGCCCGAUUUCAAAAGCUUUUUAUCCCACCUGAAAAGUUAGACUCUUUAUAUAGUAUUUGGAACAAAGUACACUAUUGCGUCAUCGAUUUAGAUUCUAUCAUUAGACAUCACUCUCAAGGAAUGAUAAAUAUCAUAUUUAAAGAACUCUUAAAUCAAGAACUGAGAGUCCUGUUGAAACUAUGUAGUAAUGCACUCGUAAAUAUGGAAACCGUCAUGUUCAACGCCUUAUAUUUUCCUUAACGCCUUAUACGGACACAUCUCCAAUACGGACACAUCUCUAAUACGGACAUCACUCUAAUACGAACACUUUUCUGAUACAAACACAUUUCUAAUACGGACAGUUUUGUAUUUCCUGAGUUUCCUGACUAGAUUCUCCUAUAGUCUCCUCAAAAAUAACCUCUAUAAUGCGGACCUCUCCAAUACAGACACUAAAUCUCGAGCCAAGAGAGCGAAUACAUAUAAAUUAAUAUCUUUAUUGACAUGUUUAAAACUUUCAAUGGAAUCUUAUUUAUUUAUCGUGCUUCAAUUCCAAACAUCAUACAAUAAUUGGAUUAAAGAAGCUGGGACACCACAACAGCUUAACACCAAUAAGAGCGGACCCUAAAAGUGACGUCAUCGUGUUCAUGAAGUGGCCCUAUCUAAAAAGUGACGUCAUCGUGAUCGUGGUUCGAAUGUGAACUCUUUCACUGUGAAGCCAUGUAUGACAGAACCAUACAUAUAGCAACCACGAACAUCUCUUACUCUGAGGGUCACAAUUUUAGGUUAAAAAAUGUCAAAUACUUAAUUACUACCUACUUUAUUAUUGUUUUUCAGAACAAAGACCUUGGGUUAGCAAUGACAACACCUUUAGAGCAUAUGUUCCGUCUAGGACGGCCAAAAUUCCUCAUGUACAGUAAUGUUAUAUACACAGUGGGCGUGGCAGCCGCCUACAAGAGCAACCCAACCUUGCCUUUCAAUCUUGGCUCCUACAUCUGGGUUUGUCUCUUGGUUCAUGCCAUCCAUGCGAUGACUCAUUAUUUUAACGAAUAUUACGAUUUCGAAGCUGACUGUGCCAACAAGAACCCAAGCCCCUGGACUGGAGGUUCGCGAGUAUUGGUGGAAGGAAAAUUGAAACCAAAAGUGUCGUUAUUGAUUGGAAGAUUAAUCUCUUUGAUAGUGUUAUCAAACGCGGCCAUUUAUUAUGGAAUCACUGGAAAUGUCCCAGCAACUAUGACUAUAGUCCUGGGUGUUAUUUUUGGACAUGGUUAUAGUGCCUGGCCUCUCAGCACGUCGCGUAGAGGACUGGGUGAGGCGAGCGUUUGUCUUGUUUUGAAUAUUCUUGUACCAUUGGUGGGUUAUCAAUCACAUGAUCCCAGUUCACCAUUUGGUAACAGUUUGUUGUGGGCAAUAUUACUUCCAUUAGUACCAAUACAAUUUGUCCGAAUGAUGGUUAUGAAUAUGGCUGACUUGGAACCUGAUAAAAUCACUGGUACGCGUUCGCCAAAUGUUUAUUCCUUUAAUAGUUCUUUAAAAAUUUUAAUGCACGUGUAUUUGUUUCCUUAAAUAAACUUUUCCUAAGUUUCCGUUAAGCCUACCACUAUCACCUUUGUUUUAUCGCCAUCGAGUUAACGUCUGAGACCAAGGGCGUCUUAUAUAUAAGCGUUGCUGAUCACCUUUUGAUAUUCUCUAGGAAAACUAACACUGGUCGCAAGGCUGGGAAUGCAGUUGUCGUGCAUAGUUCACGGUAUUGGCAUCGUGUUUGCUUAUAUCUUACAUAUAUGGUUGUAUGUUUACGGAUAUCUUUCUACAACGACAUUUCUUCUCAUGCUUAUACCUGCUCCGAUUGGAUUACGACAGGUAAGAACAGUUUUCCUUUGUCCACGUGCUAGUCACAUGAUACGGUCAUGGUAAAGUGAUGGUAGGGGGGCUCAUGAUCCUCACUUGCAUCUAAGAGCAGAAUAGAUGUUUUCGAUGAGCACAUAUUUCGGACGAAAAAACAAUCUACAAAAUACAUAACACAAUGAGCAGCAUAGCAAAACAAAGUCUAUAAUUAGGUUAUAACAACAUAGGUGUUUAAGAACUUUCAACAAUGUGUCGUUCUUAUAUUUUGACAGCUUGUUCAACCAUACAUGUAUUACAACACAAUUCGGAAAAUGUAACUUACCAAAAUCGCCCGAAAAAGUCCUGGGACGAGGUUGUGAAGCCAUCAUCUUGGGAAUAUCUAUUGCAUCAACUAAUGUUACUGAUUGGGAAUUCUAUUGCGCAUCUCAAACGUAUCUGAUACCCAUAUCUGAUCGCGGAGUUUUUCAGUUACGUUUUUGAAAAGAGAAACUGCCUCAAAUCACAGGAAUGCAGCCCAGAGGAGAGCCGGUUUCCCGGUGAUAGUAACUAACAUUGAUUAUUUUCUGUAUAGAUCCCUAAUGUGUUCAUCCGCCCAUGGAAAUUUGACAAUCCGUUCUGGAGCAGUCAACAUAACAUACUGUCCAUGGCCAUGGCACUUGCGGGUAUCUUACUUUCAGGAGGAAGACCACUGAGUGGAACAUCGUGGGCUCUUAUUUUCCCUCUUGCUUUGAUCUCUAUUUCUGUACUAGUCCUUUUCAAGAAGAUCGUAGACGCGGCCAAGGCUCACGAGUCUUUCAAUAAGAGACAAUCCACUGUCUUUGCCAGGGAAGAAUAAUGAUAUUCGUUUUUAUAUUUCACUCUUUUUUAUAUUCUAUUUAUAUUCUAUUUAUAUUCAAAUUCUAUUUAUAUUCUAUUUAUAUAAAAUUUUUAAAUACUUAUCUAUAUUUUUAAAACAUACCGUGGAAGCGUUCGAACUGUAGUAUAAAUAUAUAUGAUAUUGUAUCUCUGUUUGUGUUUCCUAUAAUGGUUUUCUACGAAACCUCGCUCACCCUGGCAAUGCCAUGUUCGUCUAUAUCACAAGCGAGAAGGCGUACCAGUUGAAUUUCGCGUUUCUCUCGAAAAUUCCGAAUUUUGCAAUUCUAUCUAUUUUAUCUCUACA